CUCAACUGAUCUGUUUUCUGAGCAGAAUAAAAAGCAGCCGCUCCGCUUCACUCUCGCAUUUUUACUUUAGCAGACCUCCGGUGACUUUCUUUUUCUUUUUUUGACUACAACAGAUAGUGACUGGGAAUGUUUUAUUUUUUUGUUGCGCCUUCAUCCGAGACUAUUCGCCCGUGACAAUUAAAUAUUUACUGUCGGAAAUUGCUGGAUUUUUCUCUGGACUGUUUUUUUCAACUGCUUCUCAAAACUGACCCUUAUGUUUAUCUUUAAUCUAAGAGAUUCUGACACUCAGAGAUGGUUGCACGGGCAGUGACCAUUUUCCAUCAUGAGGAGCAAAGAGGUUCAUACAGCCCACAUCCCUCCCCUCCACCCUGGGACCCAGCACAGGACCUCUGCUGCAUCACCACCACCUUCCGUUAUCUACAGACCUCAGGCUGGUAUUGGGGUUCCAUCACAGCGAGUGAGGCACGGGACACCCUCAUGACGAAGUCUGAGGGCACGUUCCUGGUGCGGGACAGCAGCCACCCUCAGUACAUGCUGGCACUGUCAGUGAAGACCCGCUGUGGACCCACCAGUGUACGAAUAGAGUACAGCGGGGGCUCUUUCAGGCUGGACUCUCUCUUCCCUGGGCUGCCUCAUUUGAAGUCCUUCCCCAAUGUUCUCAGCCUGAUACAGCACUACACUGGCUCAGGCAACACACCACAGGGCCAGGCAUGUCAUGAGGAUAACAUCCACCCCAAAACAAAGCCCAGCCCUGUCCAGUGCACAGCUAAGGACAGCGGUGUGCCUCUUAAGCUCAUGCGCCCCCUACAGAGACCUGAGGCCUUCCCUUCUCUGCAGCACCUGUCACGCCUUACCAUCAACAGACACACGAACUGCCCCGACCGGCUGCCACUCCCAAACCUGCUCCUGCACUACCUGCAGGACUACCCUUUCCAUAUAUGAGGGUCACCGCCUCUGUGGUGCAAGACACCCUAACCCUAACCCUGACAGGAACAUGGGUCAGGGUCACUCUCCAUUACCACACACUGUGAAUACUGGGACAAUAUGAGACCCCAGGCAACAGACAGCGGGCCAAAGGGACACCACUGUAAUUAUUUAAUACACUUAGGUGUGACCUCCCUUCUCAUAAAUGAGCUCAGCUUUGGUAUCUAAGACGUGGAGCUGAGUGUUGCUGAGAAAGCCUCUUAUCAGGAUUUAGAGUACGAGCUGAAGUUAUUAAUACACUGCUGCACCAACUGAGAACAGAUCACAUAUCUCUGUCUCUCUCUGUUAAACCUGUCUGUCAGUCUGAAAUAUUAAAAUAAUUUCUCAGUCUGUAAUUAAAUGAUCAGCAGCAUCACUGAGACACUUUCCUCAUUACAACCUGUAUCAACAUGGUAAAAUCAUAGAAGUGCACUAUGUCUGGCAGAGCAGCUAACAGAAGUAGCUGUAGCUGAUAUUGAUGUGCGAAGUAUAUGUCUUUUUUUUAACUUAAACAUGGUAUUCUUUAAUGCAGAUUUAAAACAAUAUCAUACUGACUGUAUAUGUCCACAUCAUGG